AUGGCAGUCACCAUUGCUCAACUUGCCGAGAUCGAAGAAGAAGAGGAGCCACGAUGGGGUGGAUCGGUGGUCGGCCAUCGGACAGUGCCCCGCGAUAGGUUCAAUGGGUAUCGUAUGUUGUAUGCUGAUUAUUUUGCUGAUGAGCCAGUCUAUGGUGACGACGUGUUCCGUCGCUGGUUCCGAAUGCCCAAAGCAAUGUUCAUUGAUAUUUGUCAUGGUGUUGCAGAGAGUAUCCCAUACUUCCAGAGGACAUCCAACGCCGCCGGCCUUCCAGGUUUCUCCACAAUUCAGAAGGUAACAACUGCAAUAAGGAAGCUAGCAUAUGGAGGCUCUGCUGACCGUUUAGAUAAGUACAUUCGUAUGGGUGAGAGCACAAUCCUAGAAACUGUGAGCAAGUUCACUCGGACCAUUGUUGAAAAAUAUGGACACAUCUACCUGAGACAACCUAAUGCACAGGACAUUGCUAGGCUCCUCCACAUAGCAAAAGAGCAAGGUUUUCCUGGGAUGCUUGGGAGUAUAGAUUGCAUGCACUGGGAGUGGGAGAAGUGCCCUACUGCUUUACACGGUCAGUAUCGAGGACACCACAAGAUACCCACCAUAAUUCUUGAGGCAGUUGCAAGUGCUGACCUUUGGAUUUGGCAUACAUUCUUUGGCAAUGCCCGGGUCGUGCAACAAUAUAAACGUGCUUCACCGAUCACAUGUGUUCGACAACAUAUCUAG